AUGGUUAAUGCACAUACCGCACCAUUGCCGCUCGAUAGGGUAAGAAAUGCCGCGGUAUUCGAAGUAGUAGGAGUAGAUUUCGCAGGUCGAAUUUAUCUGAAAGGCGGACAAAAGGCCUGGAUACGUAUUCUUACAUGUGCGGUGUAUAGAGCAGUUCACUUAGAGCUAGUUAAUUCUUUGAGUGCAGCUUCGUUUUUAAUGGCAUUACGACAAGACGUAGCUAGGCGAGGCAGACCGAGCGUGAUUUUCAGUGACAAUGGCGAAAUUUUUGUAAGGUUAAGUAAUCAGUUGAAAGCACUAGAUUAUAAAAAAAUCGCAAAGACUCUCUUGAUAGAGCAGAUAGAGUGCAGGCUUAACCCCCCAGAAGCACCUUGGUGGGGAGGCUUCUGGGAACGUCUUAUUGGUGUACUGAAAAGAUUGCUUCGGCAUACACUUAAAAAAUCGUGUUCGACUUACGAAGAAAUGUUGACGACUUUAACCGAUUGUGAAGCGGUCAUAAAUUUGCGACCGAUUACUUCUUUACCCGAUAGUCAUGAUUAG